AUGGCUGAUGAACAAAUAAUGGGUGCUGAAGCUGAUGAUAUUCAGUUUAUACGCACGGAAGAUCAUAUAUGUUUAAGUUGUGUACCUAUAUCAAGUGUAAAACGUAUGGCAUUAUCAGGUGAAGCAUUUGGAAAUCGAAUGUGUUAUCUUGAAGAUAUAUCAAAUGAAGUUUGUUGUCCUGAUGUUGCAUCAUGUGUAUUUGCAUUGGAACAAGCUGUAUCAGUACGAGCUUUACAAGAAAUGGUUAAUACAACUUCAACUGAACAAUCAUCAGCAACUCAAGGUGGACAAACUUUUAGAACAUUAUUAUAUGGUCAUGCAGUUCUUCUUCGACAUUAUCGUAGUCAAAUGUAUUUGAGUUGUUUAUCAACUAGUACAUCUAAUGACAAACUUGCUUUUGAUGUCGGUUUAAAAGAAGAUGCACAAGGCGAAUCUUGUUGGUGGACCAUUCAUCCAGCAUCAAAACAACGAAGCGAAGGCGAAAAAGUGCGCUUUAAUGAUGAUGUUAUUUUAGUUUCAGUUUUUUCUGAACGUUAUCUCCAUGCCUAUAUGUCAACAAGUGAACGUGGUCGAGUUAAUGCAUCAUUUCGUCAACAAGUAUGGAGUCUUGUACCAGUAUCGAGUGGUGUAGCACGUGUAAAAAAUCCAGGAUUUGUUCUUGGUGGUGAUGUUUUGAGAUUAAUGCAUGGUAAUAUGGAUCAUUGUAUAACAACACCACCACCAUCAGAAUCACAAACAACGGAUGAUUCUGGAAGUUUAUUUAUCAAAAGUGGUGCUGCUUGUCAACAAGCUCGAUCAUUAUGGCGUAUUGAAUGUUUUAAAAUCAAAUGGUACAGUGGUUUUGUUGGUUGGAGUUCAUUAGUUCGCCUUCGACAUAUUACAUCUGGUCUUUAUUUAGCUGUUAUUACUGAUGAAAACGGUCCAAAAGUAACUCGUAUACCAAAGAAGAAUGCAAGUCCUAUGGCAAUAACAUUUGAAAUGAAAAUGUCAAAAGAAAAACAAGUCGAAGAAAAUCAAGAAGAAGAUAAUUUAGGUGUACCAACAAUAAAAUAUGGUGAAACAAUUGUUUUUAUACGUCAUGUUGAUUCUGAUCUAUGGAUUAGUUAUGAAACACUUGAACUAACUAUAAAAGGCAUUGGAAAAGUUGAAGAAAAACGAAUUAUUCCAGCUAUUGAAGGUCAUAUGGAUGAUUGUUUUAGACUUGUACGAGCUCAAGAAGAAGAACAAAAAACAGCUUUAGUUAUUCGUAUAUGUAAUGCUAUUCUUGGAAGAUUUAAUCGAAAUGAUUCAAUAUCAUUUGAUUCUGAAGCAAUAAAUCAUUUAUUAAGUAAAAGUGAUGUUAUACAAGCACUUUUACAUGAUUUAAUUGGUUUUUUUUCACAACCAUCAUCAUCACUUGAUCAUGAAGAAAGACAAUUACGUCUUAAAAUUUUACGAAAUCGACAAGAUUUAUUUCAAGAAGAAGGAAUGAUUCGUAUAUUAAUAGCAGCAAUAAAUUUUUUUAGUGAACGUCGAGAUAAAUCAACAUUAUUAGAAGGUGUUGAUGAAAAAAUUGAAGAUAUUACAAAUAAACUUUAUGUUGUUUUGGCUGCAUUAAUUAAAGGUAAUCGUAUUAAUUGUUCAAAUUUUGCUCAAAGUGCUCGACUUAAUUGGCUUGUUAAUCGUUUACAAUCACAACAAGCAUCAAGUGGUGUAUUAGAAGUACUUCAUAGUGUACUUGUUGAUAGUCCAGAAGUAUUAAAUAUGAUUACUGAAUCACAUAUACUUGCAAUUAUUGGAUUACUUGAUAGAAAUGGUCGUGAUCCAAAAGUACUUGAUGUUCUUUGUUCACUUUGUGUUAAUAAUGGUGUAGCUGUUCGUGCUAAUCAAAAUCUUAUUUGUGAAAAUCUAUUACAAAGACGAGAUCUUCUAUUACAUACGGCAUUAGUUGAUCAUGUUACAUGUAUGCGUCCAAAUAUUGUUGUUGGCGUUGAAGAUGGUGAAUCUAUGUAUAAAAAAUGGUAUUUUGAAGUUGUUAUUGAUCAUAUAGAACAAGUAACACAUGUUCAACCACAUAUACGUAUUGGUUGGGCAACAACACAUUUUCAACCAUCACCUGGUCAUGGUGAUGGAUUUUCAUCAAAUGGUAUUGGUGAUAAUACAUAUUCAUAUGGUUUUGAUGGUCAAAAUAUAUGGUUUGCUGGUCGUGCCUAUGAUGUAUCAAAUACUGAUAUAAAACAAAUAGGAUUUAAAAAAAAUGAUGUUAUUGGAUGUUUAUUAGAUUUAGAUAUACCUGAAAUGUGGUUUUCAUUAAAUGGUUUACCUGUUAAAGGUCUUAUAAGAGAAUUUAAUUUAACUGGUAUGUUUUAUCCAGCUAUAUCAUUAUCAUCUCGUGUCAGUUGUCGAUUUAUAUUUGGUGGUGAACAUGGUCGUUUUAUGCAUCGACCACCUGAAGAUGUAGCACCACUUUAUGAAGCUAUGUUAAUUAAACAAAAAGUUUGUAUUGAACCAUGUUUUUCAUUUGGUAAUAUUGAACGAAAUUGUCUUAAUGGUCCAUCACAUAUUCAACAUAAUAUUGCAUUUACACCACAACCCGUAGGAACAAAUCAUAUUGUUUUACCUUCAUAUCUUGAAAAUAUAUGUGAUAAAUUAGCAAUGAAUACUCAUGAAUUAUGGUGUAUGAAUAAAAUUGCUAAUGGUUGGCGAUUUGGUGAAUUUCGAGAUGAUACACAAAAAACAAAUCCAUGUUUAACAUCAUUUGAAAAUCUUCCAUCUGAAGAAAAAAAACAUAAUCAAACAACAAUAAUUGAAAAUUUAAAAAGUUUAUUAGCAUUUGGUUAUCAUAUUGGUAUGGAAAUAAAAACGGAUGAUCGUCGUUUAAAAUAUAUUAAAUUACCAAAUACAUAUGUACAAACAAAUGGUUAUAAACCUCAACCAUUAGAUUUAUCAAAUGUUAAUUUAUCUACUAAAAUGGAUGAUUUAAUUGAAUUAUUAGCUGAAAAUACACAUAAUGUUUGGGCAGCAGCUAGAAUUAAAGAUGGCUUUACUUAUGGUGUAUCUGAUAAUCCUCAUCAUAAACGAAGUCCAUAUUUACUUCCAUAUUCAAUAAUUGAUGAUAGUAUUAAAAAAAUAAAUCGAGAUACAGCAAGUGAAACAGUUCGAACACUUCUUGCUUAUGGUUAUACAAUUGAUACACCAACAGGUGAUGUUGAAGAUCUUAAUCGACGUAAUAAAGAUAUUAAAAAUAUUGAACCAAUGUCAAAUUAUCGAACAUAUCGUGCUGAAAAAACAUUUGCUGUUACACGUGGUAAAUGGUAUUAUGAAGUUGAAUUAUUAACAACAGGUCGAAUAUUAAUUGGAUGGGGACAUGCAUCAAAAUUAAAUGCAUAUUGUCCACUUGGUACAGAUUCAUAUGGUUAUGCAUUUGAUGGUUUAAAUUCAAGACGUUUUCAUCAUAAUACAUAUGAUAGAUUUGGUAAACAAUGGACAAAAAAUGAUAUUGUUGGUUGUAUGAUUGAUUUACAUGAUAAAACAAUAAGUUUUUCAUUAAAUGGUGAAUUAAUGUUAGAUAAUUAUGGUAAUGAAACAGCUUUUGAUGGACUUGAUAUUGAUGAUAUUGGUUUUGUACCAGCAUUAACAUCAUUUAGUGGACAAAAAGUUCGAUUAAAUUUUGGACAAGAUGUACAUUCAUUAAAAUAUUUUACAUCUUGUGGUUUACAAGAAGGAUAUGAACCAUUUUGUGUAAAUAUGUCAAAAAAUUUAACAUUUUGGUAUUCAAAUUUUAUUUCUCAUUUUAUACCAAUUCAAUCAAAUUCAUCAUCAUUUGAAGUUAUUCGAAUUGGUGCAAGUCGUGAUAAUCCACCAAUAAUAAAACUUCAAUCUCGAUUAUUUGGAACAUUUGAAAAAGUUGACUUUGAAUUUUUACGUUUAUCACUUCCUAUAUCAUGUCAUGAUAAAUUUGUACCUAGACAAGUAACUCUUGACCGACGUCAAAUGAUUUUAAAUGAAUAUCUUGAAUCUCAUGGUGAAAAAAAUAAUUUUAUAUUUCUAUCUAAACCUACAACAUUAUCAUCAAAUGAACAAACAGAAACUUCAUUAACAAAUGGAUCUAUAUCUGAUCCAACAAAUUCACUUGUUAAAUUUAUUGAUCAAUCAACAUCAAAAAAAAGUCCAUCAUCACCACGAAAUAUAAAUAAAUCAAAUAUAAAAUCAUCAACAAAUAAAUUUAAUAGUUUUUUUCAAUCAUUAUUAAAAGAUCAACAACAACAACAACAACCUACAAAACGUAUGGUUACAUUAAAUACAGAUAUAAAUACAACAAAUAUAAAUCAACAAAAUCAAAUACAAUCUACAUUAAAAUCACCAAUAAAAUCAUUGAAUAAUUCUAUGGGAAGAAAAUCAACAAUUGAAAAUGAUAUAGAAUUUAUUGAUCAACAAACAAAUGAUUAUGAAGAUGAUAUGCGUAUAAUAAAUGAACAUGUUCAUGAAUAUUAUUAUUCAAUAAGAAUUUUACCUGGACAAAAUCCACGUUCAGUAUUUAUUGGUUGGGUUACAUCAAGAUUUAAACCUAUUAAUCGACAAUAUGAUACAAGUUUAAAUAAAUUAACUAAACUUAUUCGAUAUUGUACAAUAACACAAACUGGAAAUGAUGGUUCAAUAGUUGAAAGUAUACGACGACAAGAUGCUUAUAUGUUUUGUGCAAGUGAUUUAUUAGAUAAUAUGAAUGAUAAAGAAAAUGUAACAAGACGUGUUGUUAAUGGUUUAUUAAUUGGAUGUUUAUGUGAUGUAUCAACUGGACAAUUAACUUUUUAUGUUAAUGGUAAAGAAUCAACACAAAAAUUUCAAGUUGAACCAAGUACUAAACUUUAUCCAGCUGUAUUUGUUGAACCAACAGUUAAAGAAGUAUUACAAUUUGAAUUAGGACGUAUUAAAAAUUGUUUACCAUUAACUGCUGCUUUAUUUCCAAGUUUAAAUCGUGAAGAACGUUUUAUACCUCAAUUACCAUCUCGUUUACAUUUACAAUCUCUUGUUCAUUGUCAUUGGUCACGUGUACCAAAUACAAAUAUACGUUGUCAACAAUUAAAAUUAUCUGAAAUACGUGGUUGGAGUGUAUUUGUUGAAGAUCCUGUUCAAAUGGAAGCAGUUUAUAUUCCUGAAGAAGAUCAAUGUACAGAUAUAUUAAGUUUAGUUGAAAAUGAAGAUAAUUUAAAUUUUUGUUCAAAUACAUUAAGAUUAUAUAAUGCAUUAUGUGCUCAAGGUAAUAAUCGUGUAUCACAUGAAAUAUGUAAAUUUGUUGAUGAAAAACAAUUGAUGUAUUGUGUAAAAAAUCCAUAUUUAUGUGGACCUAUACGAAUUGGUAUUUAUAAUUUACUUAUUGCUUUACAUUUUGAAUCACAUAUUAAAGCAAGAAGUUUAACUUCAACAGAAUUUAUUAUUCCAUUAUCAGAUGCACUUCGAAAAAGUGUUUUAUUACAUCCAAAAAAUACACUUGAACAACAACAAAUAUUAGCAACAUCAACAUAUAUACCAGCUAUGGAACAAUUUUUAGCUGUACGACCUAAACUUAUCAAAGAAGAAGAUUUUAAAGUUGAUCGUGAACGAAAAUUACUUGUUCCACCACCAUUCAAUGUUUUAAGUCUCAAAGAAUAUAUUAUGAAUUCUUUAACAGAUGCUAUUGAAAAAAGUUCUGGUCAUCUUCGUGAUCCAACUGGUGGUACAUAUGCAAAUUGGCUUGUACCAUUACUUCAAUUAGUUGAUGCUUUUCUUGUUAUGGGAACACUUGAAGUAAAUGAUAUUCAACAAUUAUUACGUUUAAUUGAUCCAACAUCAUUUGGAUUAGAAAAUGAAGAAAAUUUUACAGAAGGUUUACUUCAAAUGAUAUUAGAUGAACCAGUUAAACUACAAUUAUGUCAUAUUUUACAACAUUUAUGUGAUUAUCAAUUACAAUAUCGUAUUGAAAGUAUAAUUGCAUUUUCUGAAGAAUUUGUUGGAAAAUUACAAGCAGAUCAAAAACGACGAUAUCAAGUUUUAAAAGAAUCAAGUUUACCACCAGCAUUAAUGGCAAAAAAAACUCGUGAAUUUCGUUGUCCACCAAAAGAUCAAAUGCAAGCAUUAUUAAAUUUUAAAAAUGAUUUAAAUGAUAUGAUUGUUUUUAAUGAAGAUAUAGAAGAAGAAAUAAAAGAAAUGUUAAAAAAUUUUCAUUCAAAUUUACUUGUUCUACAACAAGUUGUUGAGACAAAUCCUGUACUUUAUCAACCAUUGAAAAUAAAUGAAAUUGAUAAAAAUGAACAAAUUUCAUUAUUUUCACGUUUACUUGAAAUUCUUAUACGACAUGCAAUAAAACAAAAGACUGAAGAAAAUAUUAUUAUUGAAAAACAAUUAACAUAUAAAUCCGGAAAAACUCUUUGUGAAGUAAUUAAAGAAACAGUUAUUAAAUGGGGUCGAAUAACACAUUUUAAUGAUCCAAAUUUAAUUCGAGAAAUGUUUAAAUUAAUUUAUAAUCAAUAUGAUGGAAUUCAACGGAUUUCUCGAUGUCUUGAACGAACUUAUAUAAUAAAUGAUAGAUCAGUACCUGAUAUAACAUCAUUAUUACGUAAAUUAAGUAUUAUUCGUGCACUUUUAACUGUUCAAAUGGAUUCUGAUGAAGAAGCAAUAAUGAUAUCAUGUUUAAAUGACAUAAUGGAUAAUCGUGUAUUUUAUCAACAUCCUGAUUUAAUGCGUUCACUUUGUGUACAUGAAACAGUUAUGGCUAUAAUGGUUAAUCGUUUAAAUAAAAGUAAACAAGAACAAACAUCAAUGUCAUCAAUAAAUGAUAUAGAUGGUAUUAUACAAACAAAUGAUAGUGGAGAAAAUCAAGAAAUUCAUACUCCUAAAGACGAUAAAGUUGAACUUGUAACAACAUGUUGUAAAUUUUUAUCAUAUUUUUGUCGUACAUCACGUCAUAAUCAACGAGCUAUGUUUGAACAUUUAAGUUAUUUAUUAGAAAAUAGUUCAAUGUUACUUUCUCGUCCAUCACUUCGUGGUUCAGCACCAUUAGAUGUAGCUAGUGCUAGUGUAAUGGAUAAUAAUGAAUUAGCAUUAGCUUUACGUGAAUCACAUUUAGAAAAAAUAGCUUCAUAUUUAUCACGUUGUGGUACAACAAGAAAUGAAGAUUUAUUUUUGCAAGGUUAUCAUGAUAUUGGUUGGGAUCCAGUUGAUGGUGAACGAUUUCUUGAUUUUCUUAAAUUUUGUGUUUGGGUUAAUGGUGAUACAGUAGAAGAAAAUGCAGAUUUAGUUGUACGAUUACUUAUUCGUCGACCAGAUUGUUUAGGUCCAGCAUUGAGAGGUGAAGGUGGAGGUUUACUUAAAGCAAUACGAGAAGGUAUUGCACAAUCACUUUAUAUUGCUCGACGACAAAAUUCUGAUGAUCCUGUUAUACAAGCUGCUUAUCAAGAAAUAAUUGAUGAUGAAAGCAUGCAUAAUUUAAAUGAAGAAUAUGAUCAUCUACAAGUUCGUUUACCAUAUACCGAUGAUGAAGAAUAUAUUGAUUUAGGUGCUGCUGAAUUAUCAUUUUAUGCUAUAUUAGUUGAAUUAUUAGGACGAUGUGCACCAUCUGAAGAAACUAUUAAAAUGGGAAAACAAAAUGCUAUUCGAGCUAAAUCAAUUCUUAAAAGUCUUGUUUCAAUGCAUGAUCUUGAAGGUGUUCUUGGUCUAAAAUUUCUUUUAUCAAAUGAAAAUUCUAUGCCACCUGGUCUUCAACCUUCUCAUAAAAUGUCCAUUAUACUUUUUCUUGAACGUGUCUAUGGUAUUCCUGAUCAAGAAACAUUUUUUCGUCUUAUUGAAGAAGCAUUUCUUCCUGAUAUUCGUUGUGCUACUAUUCUUGAUAUGGCAGCAGUAUCUGAAAGUGAUCUGGCAUUAGCAUUAAAUCGUUAUUUAUGUACUAGUGUUAUACCAUUAAUGACAUCACAUGUACAUUAUUUUGAUAAUUGUGAUCAUCGUUCAUCACUUCUUGAAUCUAUAUUACAUACUAUUUAUCGUUUAUCAAAAUGUCGUUCAUUAACUAAAAAUCAACUUGAUAGUAUUUGUGCAUUUUUACUUGCUUUUGCUAGUCAAUUAAAACCAUCAAUGAUGACACCAUUAUUAAGAAAACUUGUUCAUGAUGUACCAGCAUUAACAGAUCAAACUAUUGUACCAUUGAGAAUGCUUACUCAAUGGUAUGAACAAUGUAGUCGAUAUUAUACAAUUGCUGCUACAGAAGAAGAAAAACGUUUAACAAUGAUGUUAUUUCAAAAGAUUUUUGAUGCACUUGCUUCUCGUGCUUAUGACCCUGAAUUAUUUGGUAAAGCACUACCAUGUUUAACAGCAAUUGGAAGUGCUCUAUCACCGGAUUAUGCUUAUUCAAUAACACAACAAGAUAAUUUAAAUCACGAACGAGAAAAAGUUGAAAUGUCUCGUAGUUAUGAACCUAAUCCAACUGAUACAUCAAAUGUUAUAUUGAGUCCAGCAUUAGAAGAUUUUGUUAAAGCUUAUGCUGAAAGUGUUCAUGAUCAAUGGUCUUAUGCUAAAAUCGAACAAGGUUGGACAUAUGGUGAACAAAUUAAUGAUAAAUAUCGUCAACAUCCUAAUUUAAAACCAUACAAACUUCUUGAUCGAAUGGAUAUUGCUAAACUUGAAGAUCCUAUUCGUGAAGCAUUAAAAUCUAUUGAAAAAUUACAAUUUCAUUUAGAAAAGACAGAUACAGGUAUGACACGUAUUGCUACAAAACCAUUACAACGAAAAAAACAAAAAGAUAAAAAUGUACCAGAUUAUGCUCCGAAAGCAUUGGAUUUUAAUAGUGUAACAAUGAAUCGAGAUAUGCAGGAUUUGUCUGAAGCUUUAGCUCGAAAUGCUCAUGAAAUUUGGGCAAAACAAUUAAAAGAUCGUCUUGCUGCAAUAGGUGGUGGUCUUCAUUGUCGACUUGUUCCAUUUGAACUAUUAACUGAUAAAGAAAAACAAAAAGAUUUAAAAUUUUAUCAAGAUCUUGUUAAAUAUCUUCAUACAUUUGGUUAUCGUGUUGUCAAAACUGUUUAUGAAACAAAUACAACAAUAUCAAAUUUAACACUACGUGUUGCUUCAGCAUCAACAUUAAUUAAUGAUAAACGUUUUGCAUCUAGUUUAUUAGAAAAAUUACUUGAAUAUGUUGAACGUGCAUCAAUAACAAUGCAAAAUUAUAAAGAAAGUUCUAAAUUUUCCUUACAUGAAACUUAUCGUUUAACAACAAAAGAUGUUAAAUUUUUUGGAAAAGUUGUUCUACCACUUAUUGAAAAAUAUUUUCAAGCACAUAGAAAUUAUUUUAUUAUACCACCAUCAUUAAAAACUGGUAAUAGUUAUGCAUCAGUUAAAGAAAAAGAAAUGAGUUGUAGUUUAUUUUGUAAAUUGGCAUUUUUACUUCGACAAAAAUUUAGUGCAUUUGGAAAUGAUGUUAGUAUAACUGUUCGUUGUUUAAAAGUACUUGUUCGUGCAAUUGAUGUUAGUUCUGUAAUGAAAAAUAGUCAAGAAAUGGUUCGUGCUUCUUUAUUACCAUUAUUUAAUAAUAUUGCUGAAGAUCUUAAUCAAACUGUAUUAAAUCUUGAACAAAAACGUUAUAGUUAUAUAAAAGGAACAUUACAACGUGGAACAACUAGUCUUGCUUAUAUACAUAUGGUUCUUUUACCUGUACUUUCAUCAUUACUUGAUCAUUUAGGAAAAAAUAAUUAUGGUGUAGAUUUAUUCGAAAAUGAAAUUCAAUUGGCUGGUUAUAAAAUUUUAAAUGCUUUAUGGAUUAUUGGUACAAAAGGAAGAAAAUUUGUUGAUAGAGAAUGGAUUAUUGAAGAAUUAAAUCGUCAUCGUCCAUUAGUUGGUGAUUGUCUAAGUUCAUUUGCAUCAUGUUUUCCUGUAGCAUUUUUUGAACCUGAAUUUAAUACAAAUAAUAAAAAUGCAUCAAAUGUUUCACAAUUAUCACCAGAAGCUCAUGAUGUUAUGACAAAUAUUUCAAGAACAAUUCCUAAUUUAACAAAAUUAAUAGCAGAUAUUGAAGAACAUGCUGAAUCAAGAGUAAAAUAUGAAGAUGCUCCUUAUGUUGUUGAAGUUAUUCUUCCAUGUCUUUGUUCUUAUCUAUCAUAUUGGUGGUCAAUGGGACCAGAAAAAAUUAAACAAAUAACUGAACCACAAAUAACUAAUGUUACAGCAAAUCAUAUGAAUUCUGUAUUAGGUAGUGUUUUGAAAUUAAUUAAUAACAAUAUUGAUGCUAUUGAAGCACCAUGGAUGAAACACAUUGCAGUGUAUACUCAAACAAUUAUUUUUAAUUCAUCAACAAAUCUUGUUGAACCAUAUUUUUUACCUGUAUCACAACGUAUAAAAUCAAAAUGUGAAGAUUUAUUUACACAAGAACAAUCAUUAAAAACUGCAACUCGUUUAGAAUCAUCUGAACGUGAAGAUCUUGAAUUAGAUUUAAUGAAAGAUUAUGAAAUUCUUGUUCGUGAUAUUUAUGCAUUUGGACCAUUAUUAAUUAAAUAUGUUGAUAUUCAUCGAUCAUAUUGGCUUAAAAAUGGUGAUAAAUAUGCAGAAGAAUUAUAUAAUAAUAUGGCUGAAGUAUUUUCUGUUUGGUGUAAAUCAAAAUAUUUUAAACGUGAAGAACUUAAUUUUGUAACAACACAUGAUAUUGAUAAUACAAGUAUGUUAAUGCCAAGUGGAACAAAUCAAACAACAACAACAACAACAAUAACAAAAACUACAAAUGAUGUUAGUGGAAAACCAAAAAGAAAAAAACGACGACUUGAUAAAGAAAAAUUUACAUCAUUAAAUGUUGCUUGUAUAAAACGUUUAUUACCUAUUGGAAUGAAUACAUUUGGUGGACGAGAACAAGAACUUGUUCAAUUAGCUAAACAUAAAAUGAUUGAAGUAACAUUUUUUUGA